AUGCACCAGGCAGUAGCUGCAGCAGCAGCAGACACAGCGGCAUUUGCAGCAGCGGGGGCGCCAAAGUCAGCAGAAACAGGCGCAGAUGCACCGGGAGAUGUAGACGCUUCUGCGAGGGACACUGUACCGCCAGAAGGGUACACGCUUCAUGCAGCAGACAUUCGGCAUGUUAGCAGCGAGCUGCUGCGCAUGCUGUUGCUGGCCCAGGGGCCCUGCAUGCAACAGCUUCUGCAGCUGCUGCAUGAAGUAGGCUACUCGCAGUGCUUUUGUCUUUUGCAUCAUGCUGCCGCUAUCUGCAGUGGGGACAGUCCCGUGCUGCAGCAGCAGUUGCAGAGGCUACUGCAGCAGCAACUGCAGCAGACCGUCGACAUGCCUCUGCAAGAGGGGCGCAGCGAGCUUUUGCUGGCGUUGUUGCAGCAGCGCAAGUAUGCAGAGGCAAGACAGUGGGCAAGACUAGCAGGCCUUGGCACCAGUUGCCUGCAGCUUGUGACAGUACACGAAGUUGCCGAGUGCCUCACAGGGCUUCGGAACAGCAGCACCAGUGGUCGGAAGUCCAGGGGUCCAGUGGAAGAGCGUCUGGACGUUUGGGCUCGCUGCUAUAGGCUGUUUGCUAUUCACCAGUACCCUACGGUGCUUGCUGCAGUCUUUCUGCUUUCUGUGUCUUCUCAAAUGGAGGGGGAUAUCAGUUUGGCGGAGCAGGCCUUGCUGCUGGCUGCUGCCUUGAGCCUUCUGGGAGCCCCGCACCCCAAUCCUCCAGCGCUUACUACCCGUGAUGCAAUCGUGCAGCAGCUUAUUAGCUGCGCGCAGGGCAGCUGCACUACUUGCAGAAGCAGCAGCAGCAGCAACGACAGCAGCAACAGCAGCAGCUGCGGCGGUGCGACUGGGGCGGGGGGAUUGACAUUGAUCGGCUGCCUGCCUCUGCAGCCCGAGGAAAUGCGUUCUGUGUUUUGGGUAAGGCAAGCAGAGACUGCAUCUGAUGCGCACGCAGAUGAUGAGAGCUUUUGCUGCUUGUGCAGCAGCGACACGGACACCCAGAAAGUUGUUCAAAGCGACGAAAUCAGCAUACGCACCAGCGACCAAAGUUGCUGCAGGUGCUUAGUUUCCCCGCAGUUGCUUGCUCAGCUGCAAGGCCGGCUGCUGCUGCUGCUGACCUCUCAAUCCACUGUAGCAGCUGCCACUGCUGCACUGACACCGGAGCUCACGGGAAGCCUGUGGGAGCAUCAUGCAGCAGAGCCUCAGCUGCUGCUCCACGGAACAGCAACGCCCCUUCCAGCCUGCCACAGCAGCAGCAAUGUGCAGCGGCUGCUGGAGCGUCUGCAGCAGCUUGUGGACCCUGAAGCUCCUGCGCUGCCUCUGCACCACUUGGCAGCCCCACAAUGGCCUCCUUCACUUGGCGCCCACUUGGAGGCGAAGGACAUUUGCCACCAGCAGCAACACCAGGAGAAACGUGCAGAAGAAAGUUUAUCGCUGCUACCUGCAAAAAAGUCCCAAGGGAGGGCCACGCAGCAGCAGCCAGCCAGCACGGUGCUGCUGGGCGAGCUGCAGCAGGCGGUGCACCACUCCAUAUCAAUUGGCUGCACGCACAUUGCCCGGUCUCUUGUUGGGAGCUUCUUAACUCUGUUGCGAGGGCCUCAUCCCGCUAGUGCUGCAGGUGGUGCGCCAAAUACCAAGUCAAUAGAAGAGGAGCAGCAGCGACAGCACCUCCUGCUGCUUCAGAGUCUGUCUCAAGAGGUGCAACUCGCGGAGCUGCUGCUGCGCGUGGUCACACUACCUAUUCCUUUAAAGGCACAGCAGCAACAGCUAGUCCUGCUGCAGACCUUAUCUGCUGCGGCUGCUGCUGCGUGCGCCAGCACCAGGCCCGACUCUGGCUCUCUGCCGCAACCCCACAGAGAUCUGCUGCAGAUGCUGCAGGAACAUGUAGGGUCUCCUACAGCUCAGGAACAACAGCAGCAGCGAAAGCAACAACAAGAGCAGGAGGCUGUACAGCAGCAUGAAGACAGCGCCAAUCAGCAGCAACGCCUCUUAUCGCUGCAAAUGCACCGGCAGCAGUUGCAGCUGUUGUCUCAGCUGGUGCAGCGCUGCAAGCCGGGGUUGCAUGAAUUUUGCCUAGAGCUCCUCGUUGUUUUCGCUGUGAGCCUUGUUCUUGUGUCACCUUUUAAUGCGGUUCUGAAGCAGCAGCAGCAACGGCCGGAAGAGCUAUUGCUGCGCUUGCUGCUGGCGUGUGCCUUCCCCACCUCGGACUUGCCCAAAAUCACGCUGUGCAUGCGAUUUGCCGCAAAGUUAACGAGAGACGGCCAGCUGCAGCAGCAACAGGUUGCUGCUGUCCUUCUUGCUGCCUUUAUCGGCCAUCAGAAGCAGCACUCGCAAGUCAAGCACAUGCAGUGUUCAAGCUCGCAGCAGGGGCCCCAGCAGCAGCAGCGGGUAGUGUGGUUUGAAUGGCCACUUCUGCUGCUAAAGGACUUUCUGAGGGUUUGUGAAGCUCCAGGUCUCGCUGGCGCACAGGCGUUGGAGCUGCUGCUUCAACAAGAGCGGCAAGAGAUGGAGCGGGCGCAGGUGCUGCAGCUGCAGCACGUGGCCCCUUCUUGUGCUGCUGCAGCAGCGUGUGCUGCUUCUUUGCCGCUUCUGCAUGAGCAAGAAGUCGAGGUGUCUUUGCUUGCUUUCUAUGACCUAGAGCGCGCAUGCAACGCUGCGGGGCUUCUGCAGCUGCUGCAACUGCUACAGCGGCGACUUGAGAUGUAUAUGCAGCUCGGCAAACCGUACUUGCUGCUGCGCGUUCUCACCACCAUCUCUCCCUCCCCACAUUUCAAGCCAGCAAUUCAGUAA